AUGGUUCUCGCCGUUGAUCUUCUGAACCCUUCCCCGGCCGCCGAGGCCAAGAAGCACAAGCUCAAGACCCUCGUGCCCGCCCCUCGAUCCUUCUUCAUGGACGUCAAGUGCCCCGGAUGUUUCACCAUCACCACCGUCUUCUCCCACGCCCAGACCGUCGUCAUCUGCCAGGGAUGCACCACUGUCCUCUGCCAGCCUACCGGUGGUAAGGCUAGAUUGACCGAGGGCUGCUCUUUCCGACGGAAGUAG